UCUCCAACUCUCAAGGGGAAAGGAAGCCAAUGGCGUUUGCCGGAACAAACCAGAAAUGCAGGGCCUGUGACAAGACCGUGUAUCUAGUGGAUAAGCUCACUGCCGAUAACCGUAUCUACCAUAAGGCCUGCUUCCGAUGCCACCACUGCAAAGGUACCCUCAAGCUGGGCAAUUUCAAUUCCUUUGAGGGAGUCCCGUACUGCAGGCCUCACUUCGACCAACUCUUCAAGAGAACCGGUAGUCUGGAUAAGAGCUUCGAAGGUACACCAAAGAUUGUGAAACCAGAGAAACCCGCCGUCGAUACUGCAACAACCAACAAAGUCUCAAAUAUGUUUGGGGGAACCAAAGAUAAGUGCGUGUCUUGUCAGAAGACUGUGUAUCCAACUGAGAAGGUUGCAGUGGAUGGCAGUGCAUACCACAAGAGUUGUUUCAAAUGCACCCGUGGUGGAUGUGUUAUAAGCCCUUCCAAUUACAUUGCUCACGAGGGUAAACUCUACUGCAGGCACCACCACACCCAACUCUACAAGGAGAAAGGCAAUUACAGUCAGCUUGAAAAUGAGCGUGAGAAGCCACCAGUGACAUCGAAAUUCACACCCACACAAGUCACUGCCGAAUCCUAA